AUGACUGCGAUGGCAAGGGCACCAAAGGUGCAUCUGUUGGGGCUAGGAUCCAUGGGUACUGUGCUUGCUGUGAAUCUAUUGCGUUUCACAAAUGCUGCCGUGAUUCCAUUGUUUAGAUCCAAAGAGAAAGUGGACAGAUUUCAAACAGAAGGUAAUAGCACUAUAGGAAUUCGUGAAAUCUAUGAUAAAAAGUCUCCUCUUUUCACCUGCAAACUGGAAGAAUGUGAGUGCCCGGAAACAUACCAAGGGGGCCCAAUUAAGAAUUUGGUUGUCACAACAAAAACUUACCAAACAAAAGACGCUUUGCAACCAUAUUUACCAUAUAUCAACUCUAGCACUAACCUUAUUCUAGUUCAAAAUGGCCUCGGUGUCUUGGAACUGUUGAGAGAUGAAAUUUUUACAGGAAAGUCGUCGAGACCACAACUUUUCCAAGGUGUGAUAUCUCAUGGUGUCUACUUGGAAAAGGGCUAUAUCUACAACCAUGCAGGCUGGGCACCCAUGAAAAUAGCCAGAAUACCCUGGGAAGAGACCGGAAUCAUUCAGAGAAAAAAAGAUGCUCAAGCUGAUCGGGCUGAAAACGAACUGGUAGCACUACUCAUGGAGCAACCAUUUGCGCAAUUUUUUGGUACCCAACACAUGACGUAUCAGGAGUUGCUCGUAGGUCAACUAUACAAGUUUUUGGUCAACGCCUGCAUCAAUCCAGUCACUUCCAUUAUGGAUUCGCUCAAUGGUGAAAUAGUCGACGAUUGCUCGGAUAUAUUUACACUCAUCGUUGAUGAGUGCCUACAGGUUCUUGAGCUAUCGUAUUCAAGAAUUUUCAAUUACGAAGAUGUAUACCAGAAUCAGAAAGAGUAUCCUGAUAUGAAGGUGAAAUCUGUCUUGAACACCGAGCACAUGGUUCGGCAAAUCAUCGAAAUCGGCUGUGUAAUCAACGCGAAGAACAGCAGUUCAAUGAGACAGGAUACCUUAUACUUGAGAGACACAGAAAUUGAGUAUAUCAAUGGCUACAUCGUGAAACUUGCCUCAAGAUUUAAAAUCGAGGCUAAAACCAACAGAGCGAUUGUAUCCCUGGUCAACUUAAGACUUGGUCUGAACAGAAGGAGAGCAAAUGUUGGUGACUGA